AUGUCCGGAUGCCUGAAUCUCGCGGUAUAUGCCGGUCUCGCUCAAUUCACGCACAGCAUCAACAUUAGUGGCAACAACAGACGUGGAUGGACGACCUUCACGGAAUUUGUCACAAAGAAAGGAAUUAUCGGAGCCAUAGAUGGAUCUCACAUUCAUAUAUUAAAACCGAAAAAUAACCCAAAUUCUUAUUGCAAUAGAAAAAAUUAUCAUUCUAUUUUUUAUACAGGAGAGCCAGGAUCUAUUCAUGACAUGAGGCUAUUCAGAAAAUCUAAUUUAUAUGAAAGAAUAAAGAACACAUCAAUUGAUUUUCUCGAAGAUAGUCAUCUAGAUCUGGCUUAUAAGUUAUCUCCACAUUUAUUAAUUGGCUUUAAAAAUAUUGGGACAUUAACUAACAGAGAGAAAAAUUUUAAUAUGAAAUUAUCACAAUGUCGAGAUUUACCUGAAGAAUUUGUAGAUGAGAUAGAAUUAAGAUCUGCAAGGGAAGAAAAUGAAUUUCCGUGGGAAUCUCACACGAGCGAUUCCACGGACUUGCCAGAUCAUGAUACCUUGAUGGACUUUAUUAUCAAGCGAACUCUGACUCUCAAGGUCACAAAACCAAAGGUCACCAAGGUCUUCGAAGAUCCAUUGCGAAUCGCGAAAUCGCACUUCACUAAACGUGUAGCCGACGUUCCUAGCUAUGUUCUGUGCAAAAGUCGGCAUAAUGCGAGACGUCACACGCUCCUACGUGAAGUGUACAUUACUGCGAAGCCCGCCGACGUAAGCGCGUUGACCGCUGUAUAUCAAGACGACGAAUGCAAGGCUAUUCUACUCGCUAUCGCGAGAAUUACUGUCGAUGAUCGUCACGGGGAUCCAUACCCGGUUAAAGACUUAAUCAAGGAUCGGAAGUAUCUCCGAGGCGCUAGUCCAGCGCUUACGUCUGCCGCGAUCCCGCGCAGCAAUCUCAAUUUUCGAAAUCGAUGGUUCACCUUCGAUGGACUCCCUGUCGCGGAAAGAUGUCUCUCAGUCUUACCUCCAGGAUCAAUGGAGCUCGAGUUACCGCUGUCGCUUUUAUCUUGCCACGUCUUUCGCUGUAUUAAGGAGCAACUACAACAUGCAAGACUACAUGGCCUCAUUGAAGGUCUCCAGCUGACUGAUCCGCAAUUCUCGGCCGCCGAUCCCAUCGAGCUGUUAGUCACGGAAGUGUGCUCUAUUAUUUUACAAGAGAGCCUUAGAAAGGACGAUCCGCACAUUCCUGUCGCUCAGUACACUCUGCUUGGAUGGAUUCUCUCGGGAGGCUGCGGAGAAUCUCUCAAUGACUCCACAUCGCUCCUUCCAGUGCACCGUCGACCACGAGCUGACCACGCUUGUGCAAUGUUUUUAGGAGCGGGAAAAGGAAUCUUCAACCUUAGUGCCUCACCACGCCAGAAGAACAACGAUGCGAGAAAAUCUUUGUUCGAACUCACAGCUGCAUAG